UUGAAAAUUGUUUACAUACAUUUUUUAAAAACUAAAAUCUAACUUUUAAACCAAAAUGGAAAAUGAUAAAGAAAUUAGUAUGGAAACAAACGUAGACGGACAGGCUUCUUCAUUACUUAGUGAAGAAUAUGCUUAUCUAGACCGUGGAGGGUUUUCAUCAGAAAAUUUUAAAAUAGAGUUGCGUGGACUGCCGAAGUUCUACGGUAUUGCCGAAUUGAAGAAAUUAAUGAACCAGAAACUAGGGUUGAACACUAGUAAAAUAAAAAGGCCAAAGAAUGGCAGUCAUUGGCUGUUUGCAUGUUUUCAAAAUGAGGAAGAGAGGGUGAAAGCUAUUGAAACUCUUCACGGAUAUGAAUGGAAAGGGAAGACACUGAUAGCAGAAAUAGCAAAGCCAGCACCAGAUCCUUUAGUGAAAAAGAGGAAACAAGAAGAGAAUAAUGGACAAGUAAAAAAAAAGAAAUGUGAUGAGAAUAAGAGCCAAGAGGAGAGAUUAAAAGAUGCAGUUUUACCAUAUUGGAAUGUGCCUUAUGAAGAACAGUUGAAAUUAAAAGAUAAAGAAAUUAAACAUAUUUUAAUGAAAUUUGACAAUGAAGUGUGGAAAAUGGACAAAUCAAAUCGCAGUGUUAUUGAAGCUAACAGGAAAAUAUACAACGGUCUGAGUUUUGAACUAAAGCCCAUUGAAAAAUCUCCUGUCUUAGAUGGCUACAGGAACAAAUGUGAAUUCACGAUUGGUAUUGAUGAUGAGACGAAGUUACCCACCGUUGGGUUUAGAUUGGGUAGUUAUGUGACUGGUACUGUGGCUGUGGCACCCAUAGAAAUGUUGAUACAUAUACCUGAGAGAACGAAACAGGCUGUUUUGGUAUUCCAAGACUUUGUCCGUAAAUCUGGAUUAGCUCCAUUCUCUCCGGCUGACUAUUCUGGAUACUGGCGUUAUUUGACCGUCAGGCAGUCAACAUGGAAUGAUGAUGUCAUGUUAAUUGCGUCCAUGUAUCCUCAGAAUUUAACUGAGAGUGAAAUAGAAAAAAUUAAAAAUGACUUGAUAGAACAUUGUAGUUCUAAAGAAGUUGAUUGUGGGAUUAAAUCAUUGUAUUUUGAGUUGAUCACUAAAAGGAGGGUUGGUGAAGAACCAACAAAGCCUACACACUUAAUGGGAUCAACUCAUAUCAUUGACACAAUAUUGGGGAGACAGUUUCGGAUUUCCCCAGAGGCAUUCUUUCAGAUAAACACAGCCGGUGCUGAAAUACUGUAUCAAAAGGCUAUUGAAAUGAGUGAAGUCAAAGAGGAUUCGACUGUGAUAGAUAUUUGUUGUGGGACCGGCACGAUAGGCCUGUGUUUUGCUAAACACUGCGGUAAAGUUUUAGGCUUAGAAUUGGUACCGGAAGCUGUGAAGGACGCGAAAGCAAAUGCUGAACUUAACGAAAUCGAAAACAGUGAGUUCUACACUGGCAAAGCUGAAGACAUACUACCCUCGGUGCUGGCCAGGGCCACCGGAGACGAUGUUAUUGCUAUUGUUGAUCCCCCAAGAGCUGGACUCCACAUGCGCGCCGUGACGCAGCUGCGCAACAGCCGACGCGUGCGGCGCGUGCUGUACGUGUCGUGCCGGCCCGCCGCCGCGCUCAAGAACUGGGUGGACCUCGCUCGGCCCUCGUCCAAGACCCUCCGCGGCGCCCCCUUCCGCCCGCGCCGGGCCCUGCCCCUCGACAUGUUCCCGCACACCGACCACAUUGAGCUCGCCUUGCUGUUCGAGAGGGAACAGACGAAAGAAGAUAUCGAAGGAAGUUCGGAAACAGUGGAAGACACCAGUGCGGCACCGGACGUGGAAAAUAAAGAUAAUAAUUAGAUAAGGUACUAAAUUGUAUUUUAAAUUAAUUUUCCACUAAUUAAACGCAUUAUA